UCUUCGGAGGGUAGAAGAAUAAUGAGAAAGCUGUCCGUCUGACAUGAUGUCUCGCACCGAGGCGUUCCUGUGGUUAAACCUGCUCCUGGUUCUUCAUGUCGGGGCUCAGUUCAGGCGGCAGCAGUGGCCGGUUCCCUACAGACGUUAUGAUUAUCGCCCUGAUGUGGACCCAUACUGUAAAGCUCUCUACCCGUUCUGCCCCACCGGUGACCGGGAUGGACAGAUUCCCGAAAUGAGGGAGUGGGAUGUAAUAUCAGUUUAUCGACUGCAAACUCCUGUGUGGGAAUUCAAGUAUGGAGAUUUGCUGGGGAAGUUUCAUAUCAUGCAUGAUGCUAUUGGGUUCAGCAGUUCUGAGAUGGGGACCAACUACACCAUAGAGUGGUACGAGCUCUUUCAGCUGGGUAACUGCACCUUCCCUCACAUCAGACCAGAUGUGUACCCACCUUUCUGGUGCAACCAGGGAGCCGCCUGCUUCUUUGAAGGCAUCGAUGACUUACACUGGUCACAAAAUGGCACGUUGGAGAAAAUAGGAGAAAUCAGUGGGGGCCAGUUCAAUUACUUGUCCCAGUGGAUCCAGGAUGACAAUGAGACUGGGAUCUACUAUGAGACAUGGACAGUGCUUUCUGACCCCAGUCCUAAUGCUACGGUGUGGUUUGAGUCUUAUGAUUGCUCCCAGUUUGUCCACCGCACAUACAAGAAACUCACUGAGUUGGGAGCUGAACUGUCCAGCCGAUCGCAAACCAACUACACGAAGAUCUACCUGUACAGCGGAGAGCCCACCUACCUCGGCAAUGACAGCGCCAUAUUUGGACAGCCUGCGUUGAAGAAUCUGGCGAUGGACAUCCGCAACUUUUACCACACAUUCAGACCACACCAGUCAAUUAUAGACUUUGCCAUCAGUCUGUUGGAGGCUUAUAAAAAGGUUACGAUGGAAAAGAGCUUCUACCUUUACUAUAACUUUGAGUACUGGCAUCUGCCGAUGAAGCCUCCAUAUGUGCAGAUUACAUAUGAGGAGGUGCCUUUGCCUUAACAGUUCACUUGGACCAAAGAGUUAACAUCCAGGGUUGCAAUUAAAAAUGAUCUUCAUUAUUGAUUCAUCUGGUGUUUUCUCUUUUGGUUAUUUGAUUGUACCAUGUCAAAACGUAGUGAAAAUGUUCCCAGAGCCUUUUUCUUCCCAACUAACAAGCCAAAGAUAGAUAGCCAACUAAACAAUUAAGAAAAACAGAAUUAUUUUUACACUUGAGAAGCUGAAACCAGUGAAUGUCUGUAUGUUUUUGAUUUUAGGUAAUUUAUCAAAACAGUUAAGGUUAAAAGUUAAUUAUUGACACUUACAUGAAAAAUAUCUCACAAGAACCCAUGAGGUCAAUUGAGUAGAUGAUUUGCAGUUUUCACACAGGCUGGAAACACAAGCUAUUGAAAAGCAUGGCAGGUAUAAAGUUGAUUGUUUUAGUAUCUUAAUAAGUACUGUGUUUUAUGCAUUUGAGGCUCUGUUUUCACACUUUUAGUACAGUUAUAAGGUCUAAAGAUACUUUGAAUGUGUGAACGAUACUGAAACAUUAUGAAUUAAAUAAAGCACCAGGUCUGAUGCUUUGUUAUGAAUUAGGGCUGGGUGAUAUAUCGAUAUAUUGACGAGACCAUAUAUAGUCUUAGAUAUUGUAUAUUGUAAUAUCGUGAUAUGACAUAAGUGUUGUCUGUUCCAGGUUUUAAAGGCUUCAUUACAGUAAAGUUAUUUCAUUUUUUGAACUUACCAGACUGUUCUAGCUGUUCCAUUAUUUAACUUCACCCUCUGACUCAUCAUGUCCACAUUACUGAUAAUUAUUGAUCAAAAAUCUCAUUGUGUACAUAUUUUGUGAAAGCGCCAAUACUGUCAAUAUUGAGAUGGAGGUAUUUGGUCAAAAAUAUCCUGAGAUUUGAUUUUGUCCAUAUCGCCCAGCCCUACUAUGAAUUCAGAUGUGUACAGUAUAAGUGAAGAUGUUCAACUGUUGAUUUUUUCACCUAUUAAACAUAUCUCGACA